UUGAAAAAGUUUCAUUUUUGAAGAAAUGAAACCUAACCCAGCUGUUGUUUAUAAAACUCAGCCCAGUUCGUGACUCUUCAAAACAGAGAACGACAUGGACCCUUGGACAGUUGCCACCGUGGUAGGAGGUGCAGUAGGUGCUGUGGUCGCAGCUCCUGUUGUUCUGGGAGCCAUAGGUUUCACCUCAGCUGGAAUAGCAGCAGGCUCCUAUGCUGCUGGCAUGAUGUCGGCUGCUGCAGUUGCUAACGGAGGAGCAGUGGCAGCAGGAAGUACAGUGGCUGUUUUGCAGGCAGCAGGAGCAGCUGGUCUGUCAGGAGCUGCAACUGCAGCUGUGACUGGCGUUGGAGCAGCAGCUGGAGCAGCAGCUGGAGCAGCUGGAGCAGCAGUGGGAUGGCUGACUGCCAAAAUCUUCUAAAAAAUCAGGACAGAACAAGAUGAAGAUUUUUACUUUUGCCAAGUGAAGGAGGCAACUGCAAAUUAAAUCAGUUCACUUACUAAACAGCACUUUUGUCCUAUCAGGCAACUGAAAUGUUUUAUGCAAUAAAUCUGUGUAACCUGUGAAAGAUA